AUGUUGGCUCCUUAAUACAUAUUAACUAAGUUUCAGGAAUUCUUGGAAAUAUAAUUAGAGAACAAACCAAACAAAAAUGAAGUAAUAAAGAAAUUAAGAGACUUUAAUAGAUAUUUUGCUGGGAACAAUUACAAUAUUGGCAAAGGGUUUGAAUAUUUUUAGAACAAUCAAAACAACUUGCAAUAACUAGUGCCAAUACCAAAGAUAAUCAUUGAUAAGCUUCAAAUACCAGAAAGUACAAUGCAAUUAACUGGAUAAGGAUUGCAGGGUUUGUAUAAUGCAAUAAUGAUCGGAUUACUAAACAAGAAGGGAUAAUUUAUUGCUGAUGGAACACCUUAUUCAUAGUUGAAUUAAUUGAUUAAAACCAAUUCAAUCAACCAGAGUAUGGGAUUGUGGUGUUUUACAGAAAUUGCAACCAUUCUAUUGAAAAAUAGCAUAAAUCUUAAUUUGAGUAACCAUCUGCUUGAAAAUGGAAUAUAAGUUAGCGAUUAGGUGGAUGUAAGAAAUUUGUCUAUUGGACAGAGUGCACUUUUAGUUGAUAAUCUUAAAUAUGUUAUAAAUGUUGAUAUACAAUAAAUACUUUAUUACAAACCGAAUAAAACGCUACAUAGAUUGGUGUUACUGAAUUCUAGUCUUCCUAAUAGUAUCAAGAUAAUGAUAGAAAAUGAUAUAUACUAAAAUGUACUGUUGUUUUCUUUAUUCUAAGAGGAGUAGAAUAAUCAAAGAAGUCAAUAACAAAACCCCCAACAACAAUUCAGUUCAGUGUAGAAUAAUAAGUCAAUAUCUCUUCAAUAAUAGGUUAAAUUUCUUUUGGAAGAGAUGAAUCAAUAGACAGAUAUACUUAUAGAAUAAAACAAAUUGAAGACGCUACCUGAAUUUAAAGCCUAACAAUAUGUUAAGUAAAUGAAGAACCAAAUAAUAUCUGAGGAAAAGAAGAAGAAGUGUCUUAAAUGCUAAUAGGAGUUUAGUAGUGAUAUUGGAGGCAUAGCAGGUUAAAUUACGAACUUUUGUAUGAAAUGUUAUAAAGAGUUUUCAAUUUGA